CGAGAGGAGAGAGUCUAUCAUACACAAAUCGAGCUGGAGUGAACUGCUGUCUGUAAACUCGAGCAGUGAGAGUGCUGAAGUUGUUUGGUUGAUAUCUUGAGUUAUACCAAUCCAAAUAAGGCGUGCGAGAUACCAAAAGAAAGUUCUCAAGACGAGGAAUCCGUGAAGGUCUGUUUUGCAUCAAUCGGAGUAGUGGAAGGCUUCCAAAUCGUCCGAGAAAAACGCAACCUCGCAGAAACGGAUCUACUCUUCUAAAGAAACGAGUUAACCGGAAAACACCCAUUCUAGGGGCUGUUUUCGUACCAACGAUUAAGGGUUGAACUAUCACUUUGAGGAGGCUGUUUGACACUCAUUUCUAAGCAAGGAAUCAGUUCUCAAGCUUCCUUGGGCGAGGCUUUGGUCAUUGGAUCGAGAAGGAAAGUUUUAAAGCUCAUUUGAGGUUGAGGCUAGAACUUGCUUCCUGUGCUCGUUGCUCGAGAGAUCAUCUAGGAGGGAAGACUUGGUUCGUGCUUCCUCCAUUCGGUUUUUAAACAUUAGUAAACAUGCUCAUGAAUAUUUUACUAUAGAGCCUGCGUGCUCAUGUUAGCCACGUGUGGCAUUUGUUUUCAAACUAUGUUUUCCGCUACGUAUUCGAUUGCUUAUUAUGUUGUUUAUGGAUGGCUUGCGUGUGAAUGAUAUUCUAGACGCCUUGUAUAAUAUGAAUGUGUUGGACUGCGGUUGACUAUUCGUAUUGUAUGGCGGGUUGUUGACGUGUCCGGGGAGGUCCGGGGCGUGACAAUUUAAUUGGUAUCAGAGCCUUAGUCCAUAAACUUCAUAAUGAAGUCUCAAAAUUCUCUUUUUGAAAAGAUUUUGAAAACCAUGAGCAUAGAAGUUUUGUACUUGGAGAGCUUUUGGUACUUGGGUUGCAAGGUCUCUAAUUGUUAAGAUGGUACCCUUAACAAUUGGUAUGGCGGUGACUCGAGCCAAAAUGUGUCUUAAGUACCUAUCCGUCAAUUGACAUUUGAUACGAGUCUAACGACUCUUUCCAAAUUUCUUUCAGAAAUGGACCGUGGUGGCAGGAUUACUAGGAGAAACCCGACUGGCCGUGUACCAGUGGAGACUGGACAGGGCAGUCGAAGGACCUCUAGGGCAUCUAGAGGAGCUGGCCGUGGAGGCCGAUCACAGACCGUGAGUGACGGCCAUGUCGACACAGAAAGUGAAACCUACUGGUCCUAUGAGGACUCGACUUACCAACCGGAAACCGAGCCGGUUGAGACCCCUUACGAAGGGGAUGACGAUGAUGUAAGUGAUGAAGAAGGGGAGGAUGACUCCCUAGCAAGAAUUGAGGCGCUGCUCCAGCAAUAUCAGCGGGAGCGCGAGGAAAGGAGGGAACGCUGAAGGCGCCGAGGAGGGCGAACUUCGGGUGGGGCUUCAAGAGGAAGAAGCCAUGGCGACUCUAGGGCCCACAUUGAACCACAUGGGGGCCGGGGUGAUGGAGGUCCAAUCAUAAGGAUCUCAAAAUUUCUCAAAGAGGCGAGAGACUUGGGGUGCAAACCCUUCAACGGAGCAGGUGACAUCUCGGUCGUCGCGGAAUGGAUCAAGAGGUUGAACGAAGCAGCCCUUGAUAUGCAACUCACCCCCGAAUUUAAACUAAGGGUGGCGGUGAGAUUGCUUGAAGGGAUGACAUCCACAUGGUGGGACAGAGCCAAGGGAAAGUAUGGCAAUACCGUGACUUGGGAGAAUUUCCGACAGGAGUUCUUUGCCCAAUACUAUUCUGAUUUUGAGGUGAACACUAAGAGGAGAGAGUAUACCCUCCUGACCCAAGGUGGUAAAAUGACGGUGAGGCAACUUGAACACAAAUUCAGGGAGCUCGCGGAGUUCAUACCGGAGUAUGUCUGUGACGAGAACCGGAUGGUAAAUCACUUCUGGGAUGCCUUAGACUUAGAGGUGCGUGAGAGGGCAACACAGUUGCCUAACAUGACCUUUAGCCAGGUGGUCGAGCAAGGAUUGAAAGGAGAGAAGGAAUGGGAAGAAAGAAAGUUGAAAAACGCCGAAGAGGCGAAGAAGAGAAAGUGGGAGAACCAUGGACCUCAGGGUCCUAACAAAAAGGGGAACCACGGAGGAGGGGGAUCUUUUCGGACACCCCCACUGCCAUCUAGGGGAGGUCAAGGCCCGGGCGGACAAUCACAAGCCUCGGGGGUGACUCGUUGCAAGAAUUGCAAGAGGAACCACCUAGGGAAAUGCCAUGACCCUCCUAGAUGCUACCAAUGCGGGAGCACCGGGCACAUGAAGAUGAGUUGCCCACAACUGGGCGGAACGAGGACAUCAGGGCCAAGUAGUGGUACUACCGGGACACGGAAUCAAGCCGGGGCUUCACACGCGUCCAGGGGGCAAGGGGGAGCAAGUGCGAGCAACGCGCCGUCCGUGAAUCAAGGAAAGACUCAAGCUAGAGUCUAUGCGAUGACGGAGGCGAAUGCUCAAGCUAACCCGGAUUCCGUUGCAGGUUGAGGCUAGAGCUUGCUUCCUGUGCUCGUUGCUCGAGAGAUCAUCUAGGAGGGAAGACUUGGUUCGUGCUUCCUCCAUUCGGUUUUUAAACAUUAGUAAACAUGCUCAUGAAUAUUUUACUAUAGAGCCUGCGUGCUCAUGUUAGCCACGUGUGGCAUUUGUUUUCAAACUAUGUUUUCCGCUACGUAUUCGAUUGCUUAUUAUGUUGUUUAUGGAUGGCUUGCGUGUGAAUGAUAUUCUAGACGCCUUGUAUAAUAUGAAUGUGUUGGACUGCGGUUGACUAUUCGUAUUGUAUGGCGGGUUGUUGACGUGUCCGGGGAGGUCCGGGGCGUGACACGUAGUAUGGUAGGUGCGUUACAGUACUUGACUAUUACCCGACCUGAUAUUACCUAUGUCGUUCACCUGGUUUCUCAGUUUAUGCAUGCUCCACGUACUACUCACUUAGCUGCUGUUAAGCGUAUUUACAGGUACUUACAGGGCACUUUGACACAUGGUUUAUGGCUUCGGUCAGGUCAGAAGAUUUCGGUAGUGGUUGCUUACUCCGAUGCGGAUUGGGCUGGUUGUCCCGAUAGUUGUCGCUCCACCACAGGCUAUGCUAUUUUUUUGGGUGAAAAUCUUAUUUCUUGGAGGUCCAAGAAGCAGCCUACUGUCUCAAAAUCCUCCACUGAAGCUGAAUAUCGGGCUGUGGCAUAUACUAUUCAGGAUACACUGUUUAUUCGUUCUCUUUUGGCAGAUAUGGGCAUCUUGGUCUCGGAUCCGGUCAAGCUUUUUUGUGAUAAUGUUUCUGUUUCUUACCUUGCAGUUAAUCCUAUUCAGCAUGAUCGCAACAAACAUAUUAAAAUUGGCUAUCAUUUUGUACGUGAAUGAGUAGCUCAUGGGGAUCUUGUUGUCAGAUACAUUCCUACUCAGUUCCAGCUUGCGGAUAUUUUCACGAAGAAUCUCACUAGUCAGCGCUUUGAGUUUUUACGUUCCAAUCUGCACGUGGUUUCCCCUGCACAGAUUGAGG